AUCAAGACCAUGGCAAUCCUCGGGCCCCUGCUGCUGCCACUGGGGCUGUUUCUGUGCCUUGGACUGCUGUGUUCUCCUGCCAGCUGUAUAAGUCACAAAGACAACUGCAAGUUCUUCAGUAAGGUCAUUGUCAUCACUUCCUCAGGAAUCCAUGCCAACCCAAACGUCUAUAAAAGCAAUACAGUCUACACAGUGUCAGUUGCUGUGAAUAAUGGUAUUAACUCUGUGGUCCUGCGAGCAACGGACCAGCACAACUCAGUCAUUGGCUCCUGGCAAAAAGGUGACAAGUAUUGCAACGGCAGCGUCUUGUACCACGUGAAGAACCCACACAGCAAGUUCAAGGCAAAAUGGGUAUCUCCUAGUCCCAUGAACAUAACUGCAGUCAAGCUACACCCAACCCACAAACUAACCACAACCCACAAACUAACCACAACCCCGACCCACAAACUAACCACAACCCACAAACUAACCACAACCCCGACUCACAAACUAACCACAACCCACAAACUAACCACAACCCCGACCCACAAACUAACCACAACCCACAAACUAACCACAACCCCGACCCACAAACUAACCACAACCCACAAACUAACCACAACCCCGACCCACAAACUAACCACAACCCACAAACUAACCACAACCCCGACCCACAAACUAACCACAACCCACAAACUAACCACAACCCCGACCCACAAACUAACCACAACCCACAAACUAACCACAACCCCGACCCACAAACUAACCACAACCCCGACCCACAAACUAACCACAACCCCAACCCACAAACUAACCACAACCCCGACCCACAAACUAACCACAAACCCGACCCACAAACUAAACACAACCCCGACCCACAAACUAACCACAACCCACACUCACAAAAUAACAACCCCGACCCACAAACUAACCACAACCCACACCCACAAAAUAACCACAACCCACAAGCUAACCACAACCCGAACCACAGCCAAAAGCUUAGCCAACAGAGCCUUCCUCAGCCCCUUGAGAGAUGCCAUUCAGAUCCUGCUCGUCUUUCUCAUCAGCAAACUCCUCUUCUAG